AUGGCUCACCUUCUAACAUUUGCAAUAGUUUCUCUCUUCUCAGUUUCUUCUGCAACAUAUGACCUCAUCCCGGAAUUGAAUUUUUAUAGUUGCGUUGGCUUCCAUUUGACAGGAUCCUUGACCAACGUAAGCACAUUUUUGUUCGAUCCUCAUUCCCCUUCAUUUUCGUCUGUCUUUGAGUCCUCCAUCCAAAACCUCAGAUUCAACAUCACGAAUCAGAAGCUUCAAUACAUCAUCACACCCUAUCUAUACGAACACGUGGAAGCUGCCAUCAUUUGUAGCAAAAUACAUCGCUUGCAGGUCAGGAUUCGAAGCGGGGGUCACGACUAUGAGGCCCUCUCUUACAAAGCUGAUGUACCCUUCAUCAUCAUCGAUCUCGUCAAGCUUAAUAAGGUUAAAGUUAACAGCAAAGAACACACUGCAUGGGUUCAAUCCGGUGCAACACUUGGUGAGCUUUACUACCAUGUUGCCAAAAAGAGCAGAGGAAAACUCGGUUUCACAGCCGGUGUUUGCCCUACUAUUGGUGUUGGUGGACAUAUCAGCGGUGGAGGUCAGGGCGUGUUGAUGAGGAAAUUUGGGCUUUCAAGUGAUAAUGUUGUGGAUGCAAUCGUGGUAACGGCAAAUGGAGGUAUUGUUGACAGACAAUCGAUGGGAGAGGACUUGUUUUGGGCCAUUAGAGGAGGUGGAGCUGCAAGCUUUGGAGUUGUACUUGAAUGGAAGAUCAAGUUGGCUCCGGUCCCUCCGAAGGUCACGGUUUUCACAAUCCCCAGAACCCUAGAACAAAACGCAACCAAAUUGGUUCACAGGUGGCAAGCCAUCGCAUCCAAGUUUCAUAAAGAUCUGUUCAUAAGAGUCAUUCUUUUUGUGGGAAAAGGUUCCAGUGGUGGCAAAACAAUCCAGGCCAACUUCAAUGCCUUGUUUCUUGGCACCAUUGAUCAACUAGUCCCAUUGAUGAAAAAGAGCUUUCCCGAGUUGGGUUUGAAGCCUGAGGACUGCAAGGAGAUAAACUGGAUUCAAUCUAUUUUCUACAUUAAUGGUGAGAACCCAGGGCAGCCAUUAGAGCUUUUGUUGGACAGAAACCAUGUGCAAAAGGGCUUUUUCAAAGCCAAAAGUGAUUUUGUGACAAAACCCAUCUCAGAAAAGCACUUAGAAGCCAUAUGGAAGGUGAUGCAAGACGGUGAGGCUCCUGGAAUAAUGAUUUGGGAUCCUUAUGGUGGAAAAAUGGCUGAGAUUUCAGAAGAUUUUACUCCAUUUCCACAUAGAGCUGGAGUCUUGUACAACAUUCAGUACUUCACGAAGUGGUUUGAGGGGGGAGCUUUGGCUGAGAAGAAGCAUUUGGAAGGGAUCAAUAGGGUUUACAACUUCAUGGCUCUAUUUGUGACCAAAAACCCUAGGACUGCAUAUAUUAACUACAGGGACUUGGACAUUGGAAGAAAUAUCAAAGGAACUUUGGAGGAAGCAAAGGUUUGGGGUGAAAAGUAUUUCAAGGGAAAUUUUGAGCGAUUAGCCAAGAUAAAGGGUAAGGUUGAUUAUGAAAACUUCUUCAAAAGUGAGCAAAAUUUUGUGCCAAUUUAA